UUCUACCUGGUCACCACCCACAUCCUAAACCGCAAACCGAGGCCCCCAGUUCGAUUCACAGCAGAACACCUCACACAAUCCUCUCCCACACAUGUCCCGAUGAUGUCCCAGCUAAGUAGCUGGUCUCGUGCGGGAAGUACAGCUUCCCUACUCAUUGACGAAUGCCUGACCUGCCUAGAUGCAGGUGAAUGUGCCCUUGUGCCAAUUAUCCGGCGGACAAUCCAAAGCCACUGGACGGGAAAAGUAUCCCGCUUCGCCCUCGUGGACAAAGUAUUGGAGGACGUCUACGACCAUAGGUUGAAGUUUAUUUACUCACCUUAUCAGGAGAGGAAAUGCAUAGAUGGGAUACUUAAUGAGAUGAUAGACGCACAUACGUCGCCGCCGUCUGUCAUCGCAGCCGCUCCCGGCGCACCGCCGCCAUCCGUUCCUGCCGGCAUCUCCCAGGAGAUAGCUGGCAACCUUGGAUGGAAGUUCUUUGAGCAUUUCCUGGGGGCAAUGUCCAAAUACCGUCUCAUUGAUGGAUCGCAGCCAUACAAGGACUGGAUCCCGCAACAGGGUCCUUCAGGCAGGUCGCCGAUGAUACCAACGUUGUGGUGAGCACGGUACUGCACCCCGGCCAUUGCUAAUGACGAUUGGGUACAUGGACUUGAUGCUCGAUGAUCAAAUGCCUGGCCGCAAUGACACUUGUAGCUCGGUGUAGUCGCAUACACCAAUCACACGAUCGUCCUGGUUCAGUAUCAGGCAGCAAAGAACCGCUCGAGUUUGACUGAUAUCGAAGGUUGCCUUGACAAGCUGGCCCUUAACACGGUACUCGAAGGGACUACUAGUAUGGCCACUCGAUCCUUCAUGUCGUUGCCGCCUGGUAGUCUUAGGUCUAUGCUGUAGGACCGACGCAGAUCUAAUUGACCUCAAUGCUAACUGUCCG